GGUGUUCGAACGAAGAUGAGUUUUUACAGAAGACUCGUCUCUAGGGAGCACAGAGAGAUCCAUGUGCACAAAGUGCUUGUCCAACCUGUAGCAAUGGAGGCAUGCUCUGACUUUAGCCAGCAAGAACAGGCCUUGCCAGAGAAGCCCCAGAGAAGGAAAUGUUCAUGGUCCAUCCUGUCAGGCAUGAAGAGACUCUGUGUCUGUAGCCAAUCUGACACCUCGAUGGCAGACAGGGAUGAGGAGAGAACAAUUUCCUCACAAAGAAGGUGGAGGCACUUGUCCCGGAAGAAGAUAGCAGCUGAGAACCAGGUGGAGUCAGAGGAGGUGAAGCUGCAGGAGGAUCCAGGGAAAGUUGAACUGGAUCCUACAGGGACGAAGAAGGAGGCGUCGGAGUCGCAGGGGAAGUGGGAAAAAGGGAGCCCAGAAGAGCAGGAAGAAGAGCGCACUCCCACCCCCUCAUUACCAAGCAGCUCCCAUAUGACCAUGACCCCCGGGGAGCAGCUUCCCUCAGCCCAGCUCCAAGCCCUGCUGAUGAGAGCCGUGAAGGGUCUGACGACACCCACCCUGGAGCGAUUUCAAGCCGCCGAGGAAGAGCUGAGGACCAUCGUGUCUCUACACGGAGACAAGAUGGAGAGAGUUGGAGACGUCGUGGGACGUAUCUUAAUCUGGCUGGACAACGUCUGUCAUCCCAGAGCCAGAAAAGCAGCACUGAGGGCCACGGCCUUGCUGGCUCGUUCCCACCCCCAGGACGUGGUUCUGAGCUGUGUGGCACACACGCUGUCCUCGGACAGAUGUGCCAUUGAGCUGUGGAAGGCCCUGGGGGAAGAACCACAGCUCCCCAGGGAGGUGCUGCAGCAGCUGCUGGACAAGCUCCAGCAGAGACACCGGGAGGAGAAGAGCGGCAAUGUGUCUCUGGCUGCAAUGAGGACCAUUUACGAGGUCCUUUUCCUAUGGGGAUACCGAGAAGCCAUCCUGGAAAUGUAUCCCCAGAUGCUCAUCCUCUGCGUCAGGCAAGUGCAGUAUGUGAUGGAUCUGCACUUGCCAGGGACUACAUGGCCAGCACGACAUCCAGCCCCGAGGAGGGAUCCAGCUGCCUCAACCCCUAAGGUAAUGACUGAAAGGAAAGGAAGAACAGAUGUGCUCUGCUAA